AUGUCGAUUCAUUCGACCAGCAGUGGCGACCGCCAAAGUGGAGCGUACGCGGACGGGAGCGAAUACCACGGUUACCAGCCGCCGGAGUCCGAUUCCACCAGCUUUUACUCGGUAAACAGUGGGCAUAGCGGUGCUUCGGAUCCCGCAGCGCAACAACAAGCAUAUGGUUACGCUCCCCAGCAGUACGGGCCUCCUGCACAUCCUGCUUUACCCAAUCCAGGCGAGUACAAUCCACUCUAUGCGGCUGCGUCGAACGUGCUUGGUGUCGGUCUCCCUCCACCCAACGGUGCUCCUCCGCAAGGUCCGGUCGGUUAUGCCCCUCAACCACCUCCGAAUCAAGGCUACGCAGGCCAUCCAGGCGAGAGCGUCGUCUCCCUCUCGUCGAGUCACUCUAUGCCCUCCAUGGAUUCGACUGGUACAAUUCCGUAUGGCCAAGGCGUACCCCCCGCCGGGUACGCCCCCUCAAUCAUGCCAUCCAACGCCUCUACCCUCAGUCCCGUCGAAGAUGCCGAAUUCGAGCCUAGACCAUCUAUGAACCGAAUGGGCACCGCGACCUCCGUUGCUCUUGCCACCCGCAAGAUCAAAGCUGUGGAUCUCCGCGCGCCGCCGUACACGAAAGAAUACAUUGACGGCUAUCGACAACGAAUAAAGGCCGAUCCAGAUCCUGAAGCCCACUUUGCAUACGCGAAGUACCUCAUCGACGCAGCGAAGAAGAUCGGUGCAGACGCCAAGGACCAGCGGGCCGUGCGAAAAUAUCGCGAUACGCUCGUUCAGGAGUCCUUGAAAGUGAUGCGCCGACUGGCUACCCAGGGGCAGCCAUACGACGAAGCUCAAUUCUUCCUCGCUAAUUGCCAUGGAACUGGCAUGCUCGGGCUACAAGUCGACCACGAAAAGGCGUAUCAUCUCUACCUUCAGGCAGCGAAGCAAAACCACCCGGCUGCGACUUAUCGUGUAGCUGUAUGCAACGAGAUCGGUGCUGGGACGCGGAAAGAGCCACCCCGUGCGGCUGCAUUCUAUCGUAAAGCUGCCUCGUUAGGCGACACAGCAGCGAUGUACAAGCUCGGGAUGAUCUUACUGCAUGGUACCCUGGGCGAAGCCAAAAACCCACGCGAGUGCGUAGGAUGGCUCCGGCGGGCAGCAGAGCAAGCCGACGAGGACAACCCGCACGCUCUGCACGAGCUCGCCCUUCUCCACGAGAUGCCCAACAACCAAUAUGUCCCCUAUGAUCCCUACCGCGCGAGAGAACUCCUCACCAGGGCCGCACAGCUGGGCUAUACCCAGUCGCAAUAUAAACUCGCCCAGUGUUAUGAAUACGGAACACUCGGUUGUCCCGUCGAUCCCAGAAGGUCUAUCGGGUGGUAUACCAAGGCGGCAGAAAAGGGAAAUUCAGAGGCUGAAUUGGCGUUGAGCGGGUGGUAUUUGACGGGAAGUGAGGGUGUGUUGGUUCAGAGUGAUUCGGAGGCUUACUUGUGGGCAAGAAGAGCGGCGAAUAAGGGCUUGAGCAAAGCGGAGUAUGCGGUGGGAUACUACGCAGAAGUUGGUAUCGGAAUUAAGCAGGAUAUUGAGUUUGCGAAGCGGUGGUAUAUGCGUGCGGCAGCACAAGGGAACAAGCGCGCUAUGAACCGAUUGACCGAGAUGAAGAGGCAAGGCAAUAAACGCGCCAACGUUGCUCGCCCCACACGACAACAAGCGAAAGACGAAUGUGUCAUCUCAUGA